CGCUGUCAGCACUGUCCUCAAAUUGACUUGGUAUACCUUCUCAAAGCGGAACGUUCCCGCCAUCACCACGGAGUUGCGAGCUUCUCACAUCUUUGCUACCGACUGAAUCGAGGACGUCCAUCUCCAGAACGUGAUAGAACUGUCGACAAUCGGAAACAACAGACAUGGGAAGUGCAGCUCCUCCGACUCUGCGAGUGGCCGUGGCCCAGUACGAACCGGAAUGGCUCGACUUGCCAGCCUCAGUCGCCAAAACAUGUUCCAUCAUCGCCGAAGCCGCAAAGAAAGGUGCAAAGAUCGUGGGCUUCUCAGAGGCAUUCAUCCCUGGCUAUCCAGCAUGGAUAUGGCAUCGGCCGGUGGACCCGGCUCUGUCGACAAGAUACAUCCAGAACUCCCUCGCCGUAGACUCUGACGAGAUGCGCACGAUCCAGAAUUGUGCGGCAAAGAACGGCGUCGUCGUGGCACUGGGCUUUUCUGAGAAUGACAACAACUCCGUCUACAUCGCCCAAGCCAUCAUCGACUCAGACGGGAAAAUGCUGAUGCACCGUCGCAAGCUGAAGCCUACGCACAUGGAGCGCACCAUCUUUGGCGACGCGUCUGGGAACAGCUUGAUGAAUGUGGUGGCCACCAAGGCCGGGAAGCGAGUGGGCAGUUUGGCUUGCUGGGAGCACUGUCAGCCCUUGUUGAAGUAUCACACCGCGACACAGCGCGAGGACAUUCACGUUGCAGGGUGGCCGCCCUUGAGCCCGCACGCAGGGCCGGAGCUGUGGUCCAUGUCGAAGGAAGGCUGCCAGAAUCUCUCCCAAACAUACGCCAUUGAGACACAGACGUUUGUUCUCCAUGCGACCACCGUGUUGGGACCCAAGGGGAUCGAACUGAUGGGGACCGGCCAGGCCAUGCUCAUGAACAGCCCUGGUGGAGGCUACUCGUGCGUUGUUGGGCCCGACGGGCGGAUUCUCUCAGAGCCGCUAGACGCCAAAUCUGAGGGACUGGUGAUUGCGGACCUCGACCCCAGCAUGGCCAUCAUGGCGCGCAGCUUCCUGGACAUUUGUGGCCACUACAGUCGGCCGGACCUGUUGUGGUUGGGGUGCGACACCCGGGAGAGGAAGCACAAAGUCGACACGCCUCGACCAAGCGCGGAGGAGAAGGCUGCGGGGGAGGAUUAAGUAGCGAGUGAGUGUGAAACGAAAAGCCGUCGCAAUUGUUGCUGCCAUGUUCU